UGUGCUUGUGGAAAUGGAGCACACUGAAUUAGAUAAACGAUUAACUGGAAAAUGUUGCUUAUCAAAUACAAAAGUAUAAUUAGGCAUCAGACAGUAGUGUCACAGCAGUCGGGCGAUGAAAUGGACACGGUAAUGGUGAUGGAAAAAUCCGAGGUCCCAGGAAUCGCUGUACAAUGUAACCUCCUACUGCCCAAUGGACAUUUCCAAAAAACUUAUGACUUUGACAUAGCGGAUAUUGGUCAGCGACGACUGCUCGUACGAAGGUUCUUUGGGAUACUAAUUGUACAGAUAGCCUGCACUUUGCCCUGUCUGGAGGUGCUACUAAAGUACCCUAUGCCUUAUAUGGAAGCUGUAAUGCCCAUUUCCCUGGUGCUCACCAUGUUCCUAUAUACGUGCUUUUACGUGUGGAGGGAUUGGCGGAGGUUUGCCCCGUACAACUAUCUAGUAUUGCUGCUCAGUACCUUCAUCAGUUCCCUGAAUAGGAGUAUGUAUUUACUGAAUCUGGUGCAGACACAUUGGGUCUAUGCCUAUCCCGUCAUCCUGAUUCUUGAGCUUCUGGCUCUCAUGCUCUACUCUUCCCAGGAGCGUUUUAGAUUUACCCAGAUUCGAGGCAUUUCCAUAAUCUGUCUCGUCUUCGGGUUGUUCCUGCUGCUGGGUUACCGCCUUAACCGAAUGGUGGAGCUUUUCUCUGCCAUGGCCUGCACUGUGGAGGCAUGGUACGUCAUCUAUGACACCCACUUCAUGCUUUGUGGCCGACAUGGGUACAAUAUGGGACCGCAGGAAUGCAUCUAUGCUGCAUGCAACAUUCACUGCGAUCUGCCCAAGGGCUGUUGGCGCCUGAUGAGGAUGCUCUUCUUCAGCAAAAUCGUGGAGGCUAUUCGCAUGUUUCGCGAAUGCUUUAGAACGGAGGUUUGCUAAGAAAUUA